GGUAAAUAUGCUCAUCCUUUCCUCCAAAUAGAGCACAGCUGUUUGCCCAACCAGUACCGCUGCUCUAACGGCCGCUGCAUCAGCAGCAUCUGGAAGUGCGACAGCGACAACGACUGCGGAGACAUGAGUGAUGAACAAGAGUGUCCCACUACGACCUGUGACCCGUCCAACCAGUUCCGCUGCAUGGCCUCGGGUUCCUGCAUCCCUCUGGCCUUCAAAUGUGACCAUGAAGACGACUGUGGAGACAACAGUGAUGAAGAGCACUGUGACACUCACCAGUGCGGCCCUGGAGAGUUCACAUGUGCUCGAGGUGUUUGUAUCCGCGAGGCGUGGCGCUGCGAUGGAGACAACGACUGCAGAGACUGGUCUGACGAGGCCAACUGCACAGUUGGCCACCAUACGUGUGAGGCCAGCAGCUUCCAGUGUCACACAGGUCACUGCAUACCUCAGCGCUGGAUGUGUGACGGUGAUGACGACUGCCAGGAUGACUCAGACGAAGACCCCCGGCAUUGUGGAGGAACUAAAUGUAACGGCUUCCUCUGCUCCAAUCACACCUGCCUGCCGGCCACGGCACACUGCAACGGCAUCCAGGAGUGUUCAGACGGAGCUGAUGAGCACAACUGUGACCCGCUGUGUACUCGCUACAUGGAGUUUGUGUGCAGGAACCGAGCCCAGUGUCUGUUCCAGUCUCUGGUUUGUGACGGCAUCAAACACUGUGAGGACGGAUCUGACGAGGACGCAGACUACGCUGGAUGUGCCACGCCAACUGAGUUUGGCAAAGUGUGUGAUGCCUACACCUUCCAGUGUGCCAACGGAGUGUGUGUGAGCCUGGAGUGGAAGUGUGACGGCAUGGACGACUGCGGGGAUUACUCUGACGAAGCCAACUGUGCGGCUCCCACCGAGGUCCCAGGCUGCUCCAGGUAUUUCCAGUACGAGUGUAAAAAUGACCGCUGUAUUCCUACGUGGUGGAAAUGUGACGGAGAAAACGACUGUGGGGACUGGUCUGAUGAGGCACAGUGUACAGGUGGUGGUACUCCUCACAACGUGUCCCCUGGCCCCUCCACUUGUGCUCCCAACCGUUUCCACUGUGGCUCCGGAGCCUGCAUCAUCGACUCCUGGGUGUGUGACGGAUACGCUGACUGUCCCGAUGGCAGCGACGAGCUGGGCUGUCCCACAGCAGCUAACGGCUCUGUGACGGUGGCUCCAGUGCCCACCCAGGCCCAGCCCUCGCCUCACCGCUGCACCCGGGGGCAGUUCCAGUGUCGCCGACCCCCCCACUGCAUCCCCGACUGGCAGCGCUGUGACGGACAGCUGCACUGCGAGGAUGGCUCUGAUGAAGCCCAAUGUCCCACCCGCGGGCCCCUCUCCUGCGUGAACGGCUCCCGCUGCUCUGAUGGUGAGGCGUGUGUUCCUGACAGUGAGCGCUGCGACGGCUUUCUGGACUGCUCCGACCACAGCGACGAGGACAACUGCACCCAGAACACCCUGGCAUAUAAAGUCCAGAACCUCCAGUGGACUCCAGACUUCCUGGGGGCCGUCACAUUGACAUGGUCCCGUCCAAAAAGCCUCCCUCUGGACUCCUGCUACUUCCUCAUAUACUACAG